AAAAGAGCUGUAUUUUGUGAUGAUUCCUCCCAGGAAAUGUUUGCAUCAUCCACAUAGAGAAUAAAACAACGGUCAGAUUUUGAGCUUGUAAAGCAAAAGUCAACUCUGUGCGAGAGGUUCGAGGGUGUGUGGAAAAAGGUAUCAAACUUAUCGACACAAAGAGAGAUGCUUGUGAGGGAAGCAGGGAAAUGUGACCUCACGAGUGAACUUUGAGCCUUGACCCCGUCUCAUCAGCCGGCAUCAGGGCCGACCACGCUCUUUCUCUGCAUCUGUUGGUCAGAAAACUGAUCUGACAUCACUUCUGACCUGCCCGUCUCCUGAAGACGUUCCUUCAAAUUCUCUCUCGACAAUCACAAGCUCUGAAUGUGUUUUGACCCUCAUCUGACCCUGUACACCUGGGGAGUAUUAUGCAAAGUAAAACUCAACCUGUCCACAAACGUAGAAACUUGAUGAUUGAUGGAAAAAAAACAAAAAAACACAGCCGGUGUUUGUGGAGUCUGAUCUUUUGAUAGCCGUGAGCACGAUACUAGCAAUAUAUUCUUGAACACAGUUUUUUUUUUUUUAUUUAAGAGGAUUUUAAUACAGACUUUUGUACACUGAUGAUGUUCACGUGUGAAUAAAACCUAUGCACAGACUGUGUGUUUGCUUCCUUCCUUCGUCUGAGACAUGUAGCCUGUGUGUGUGUGCCUGAUGCUGGAUUAAAGAGGAUGAAGGUGACAGCUGAUCGGUCACAGCACACCCAUCAGUCUUGCUGCAGAGACUCAGUGUUGUUGAGCUCGUGGCCCCUGAACGCAACACUUCUCCUCGGGCUCCUGUGACUCUCCUCCUGCCCUCGGUGGUUAGAGAGUUGUCGGAGCUGACGUGUGAAUGUGGCGCAGAACACAACAACGUCUCGGUCUGUGACAUCUCGUGGCCCGAGUUCGAAUAUGAACCAAAGCUCCCUCAGUGACGCUCCGAGUCAAAGGAGCUCCGCUUUCAAGGAGCAGGCAUGAAUGUGAUGACAGGAAAAAAAAAGUGUUUAAAGCUACAAUAUGGCAGCCAGACGUGAAUCUGCAUCCCGCCCUCAUCUGCCCCACAACCUUCACCAAUCACAAGCUGUUAAACCGCAGUCUUCCGGGUCGGUGAGGGACGUCGCGCCGGCUCCUCCCGCGCCGGCUGAUAGUCGCGGCCGAGGAGCAAUGGUGCUCGGAGCGUCCGGAGGCGCGCCGGUGUUUUCGGGAUUCUCGGAGGAGCGGAUGAAAUGCCGGGGAGCAUGAGCAAAGAGGACGCCCCGAGCCGGAGCGCUUCUUUGACGUUCACCAUCGACAACAUCCUCAACCUGAAGCGGCGGGACGGCGGAGACCCGGACGGCUCCAAGGAGCAGAGGAAGGAUUUCCAAGCGCGCUGCGAUGAGCUGUGGGACGUCCGGAGGAGGCGCGACAGCGGAUCGGACGAGACAGCGCAAACCAAGUCCAGAGCGCACCGAGCGGACCGCGGGGAGGACUCGCCGCCGCCGCCGCCGCUGAGCACCGGAUCCUGUCCCGGGGCGCACAGAGCGCGCACCGCCGAGGACGCGUCCGAGCAGCAGCAGCAGCUCAGCGCGGACUCUAACAAAGCCAUGGUGAAGAAGAAAACGCGCACCAUCUUCUCCAAGAGACAGAUAUUCCAGCUGGAGGCCACUUUUGACAUGAAGCGGUAUCUGAGCAGCUCGGAGAGAGCGUGCCUCGCCAGCUCCCUGCAGCUCACCGAGACCCAGGUGAAGAUCUGGUUCCAGAACCGGCGGAACAAGCUGAAGAGACAGCUGUCCACGGACAUGGAGGGGCCGCUGGCCGCCGAGCACCUCUCUGACGCGGGGAAAAACGUGCAAUUACCGACUUUUUACAAAGACAGCAGCCUGCUGGGAGGAUGUUUGUUACCCGUGCCGUUCCCCGUCGUGUACCCGGCCGCGAACGCUGCGCCUUACAUCUACUUCAACACCGGCAAGUACUUCGGCCUGUUCGACGCAGACUGACGGUCUGCCUGCCUGUCUGCCUGCGGACACUCAGCUCGGUUCUGUAUCUUUUAUUUUUAUUUCAUUUUUUACUCUAUUAAAAAAAAAAUUUAAAAAAUCCCAACUUUGAUGUCAACAUAUCAACUAACCCAAGACAUGCA